GGCGGCUGCCGGGGAAAGCGCGGCGCUGCGGCGCCGCCCGGAGCCGAGUCGCGUUGCACCGGGGGCAGCAUGGAGCCGGAGCCGCAGCCGGAGCCGCAGCCGGAGCCCGGCCGGGCGGAGGGGGGCUGCGGCCCGCCGGGGGGCUCCUCAGCCGGCGGCCGGCGCUGGGCGGGAGGGGCCGGCGGCAACUGGAUGGCGGCGCACCCCGCGUUCACAGAAAUGAUGUCCCUUGAUAUAUCUGACAGUAGUCAAAUCUAUGCUGCGUUUCUGGUAUACCUGGACCUCUUAGAAGGGAGAAACUGGCAUGAAGUGAAGCAUGUUGGAUUAGAAGAACUGCAGCUCAUAUGUUUACAUGCACGUGAGAGAGAGCAGGACAGUCUCCAAGUGAUGGUGCCAGUACCUGUGGACAUAUCAUUAAGCCACGAAAGUGCAGAGCUGAUCUCUCCCCAGUGCAUACCCCCUCUGGCAAUCCUGGGAGAACCCUGCAGCACCGGGACUCCGGGUGAAGGAGGAAGCUCCCCGUGGUUAAGAGAAAUCAUGAAGAAAGCUUCUCUCUCAUGUGACAAUCCUGACACCCCACUGUCAGUUACCUUGGCCAUAGUUGAGUCAGAUUCUACAGUAGUCUACUACAAAAUGACUGAUGGCUUUGUAAUACCAGAGCCUCCUGACGGUACUGAAGAUGUGGACAAUAAACAUUGGAAGAAGAAGAGAAAGAAGCUUUCCAAAUAAUUAAGACAAACAGACUUUCCUUGAACUACUGUCCUCAAACCAAAACAAAUCCAGGAACUUACGUAUGUAAAUAAGUAGUGUGUAAAACUUUGUGUUCUGUGUAUCAAGUGUAUGUUCAUGGGGAAUUGAGUUUUGUGCAGCUGCACUGUAAUAAAACACCGUUUGAAGUAUGAAA